AUGAACUUCAACUUUACGCUCGUUCUACAGAUAUUUUGCUCAAAUUUCCUGCUUCAGUCGUUUGGCGCGGUUGCACGAGGCACUCUGGUUACAGUGGUGGUGGAUUCUCUCGGGCUGACAUUCCCGGGACGACUCUGGAAGAGUUGCUCAGAAACUUCUCCAGGCUGGAGCGUAUCGACGGCUACAAGUGCGAGAAGUGCAGACAGACGGGGUGUAUGCGAAGCGCAUACAUCAAACGCCCACCGAGCAACCUCGUGUUUUACAUCGAUCGGCGGCAGGAUUCCAGCCGGUUCGGCAAGAUCAAUCGCGCCGUGCGGUUCCCUCAAGAACUUGAUGCUGCACCUUUCGUGGAGGAGAGCUGCUCUGGAAGCUACCAACUUUAUGGGAUCGUUGUACACCAGGAUUUCAAUGGUUCGACCUUCUUUGGACACUACAUUGCUUUUGUCAAAGACAGACAAGGGGGCUUGUGGCACCGGGUGGACGACGACCAGGUGUCAGAAGUGCCAUGGUCCGUGGUCAAGGAACAGCGAGCCAAUCUCCUUUUCUAUACUGCGAAGACAGUGUCUUUGCCACCAUGCGAAGAUGGCAUCAGCGAACCACUUGCAAGGCCAAAGUCGCAUGACACGGAUGGCAUGGGCAAAGGAGCAGCAAGGAGGCGUGUCCAAGAGGAGCGCAGCAUGCCUGUGGCAAGCGCGUCGAAGCCUGGAUUUUUCCAACAAGAUGAGAGGCGAUGUGCCAACGAGACGACUGAGGCAGUGCCGCCGCCAGCAUCCGCGAGCAUAA